GAGCAAGCUGAUUACGAGAAUUUUCAGUGAACCGAAAAUUUGACAUAUGGAGCGAAAAGUCUCCCAGAUUUUCCAAGUCCAAGACGACUACUCAUGGAUUGCAGUACACUGUUGGACCAUCAAGUCGGAGGUGGUGUUUGCGGAUGCUGUGGGGCCCUGAGACCCCGUUAUAAGAGGCUGGUGGAUAACAUCUUUCCUGAAGACCCUGAGGACGGUUUGGUGAAAGCUAACAUGGAGAAGCUUACGUUUUAUGCCUUGUCUGCUCCGGAGAAACUAGACCGUAUCGGUGCCUACCUGUCAGAGAGACUAUCCAGAGACGUUGCCCGGCAUAGAUAUGGGUAUGUUUGUAUUGCUAUGGAGGCUUUGGACCAGCUACUGAUGGCCUGUCACUGUCAGACUAUAAACCUUUUUGUGGAGAGUUUCCUUACCAUGGUGCGCAAGCUGCUGGAGGCAGACAAACCCAAUUUACAGAUCCUGGGCACUAACUCGUUUGUGAAGUUUGCGAACAUAGAGGAGGACACACCAUCAUACCAUCGUAGCUACGAUUUCUUUGUCUCACGCUUCAGUGAGAUGUGCCAUUCCAGUUACGAGGAUCCAGAUAUUCGCACAAAGAUUCGUAUGGCAGGGAUCAAGGGUCUUCAGGGGGUGGUGAGGAAAACUGUCAAUGAUGAACUGCAGGCAAAUAUUUGGGACCCUCAACACAUGGACAAAAUCGUGCCAUCUCUCUUGUUCAACCUCCAACAAGAAGAAGGUGUAGAGAGGUCUCCUUCCCCAGAGGCAGAGAAGGAGAGUCCAGUGGAGCUGACAGAGAGAUGCUUUCGAGAGCUGCUAGGACGAGCGGCCUACGGCAACAUCAAGAAUGCUGUGAAACCCGUGCUCAUGCACCUCGAUAACCAUUCACUUUGGGAGAGCAAAACAUUUGCAGUCCGCUGUUUCAAAAUCAUUAUGUACUCCAUUCAGUCCCAACAUUCACAUCUGGUGAUUCAGCAGCUAUUGGGCCACUUGGAUGCCAACAGUAAGAAUUCAUCCCGAGUGCGUGCUGGGAUAGUGGAGGUGAUCUCAGAGGCAGCUGUCAUAGAGGCCAGUGGAUCCAUAGAAAUAUACAACACAGAGAGACUGGCCACUCCAUACAUCCCACAGAUCACAGAUGAAGACCGACUGUCCAAGAGGAAGAGUAUUGGAGACACUGUCUCUCUGCAGUUAGAGAUGGAGUCUAGAAACAGUCCAGAGAAAGAGCAGAGAUCUACUGCAGAGCAGAUAACAUUUGAAACUCUUAAACAAGCCAUUGUAGACAGCGUGAAUGUGGAGGAGCUGGAGAGAGAGCGCAGAAGGCAGGUGGUGGAGAGGUUUCAGACCGCCCCGUUUGAGGAGAUAGCAGCCCACUGUGGGGCCAGGGCUUCCCUGUUGCAGAGUAAACUUAACCAAAUCUUCGAAAUCACAAUCAGGCCUCCACCAAGUCCAUCUGGCUCUGUUGGAAACGGUCAUGGCCGGAGCCGCUCCAUACCAGUCUAUGAAAUGACGUUUCCAGACCUCUGUGUAUACUGAGAGACCCAGGAGCCCUAGUCACCACAUGCAGCUGUUUUCAUCCCACUAUUAUCACUCCUUUUCAAUGGCCAGGUGUAACUCUGUUUCUUCUAAACUGUGUUCUCUAGUGUAAUAUCUGACUUUAGAUAAGGAUUACGGCUGUACUUUAUCCUGAAGUCUAUUUAUGCCAACAAAGACAAACAAACUAAGAGAAUAUACCAUAUGUUGGUUAUAUAUGCACUUAAAAACUUAGUCUAGAUGAAAACAAAAAAAGAAAAUGUAUCGACAAAUGAUCGUAUCUUGUCUGAUAGCAUAGAGAGCAGAAUGAGGUUUUCAUGUUCAGGUUACUGUGUAAGUGUGUACAGUCUGUUGUUCAGAGCAAGUGAUUGGUUUUCUUGUUCAACUAAAGAGUAAAUCUGCCUUAAGUUUUGUAUCUUAAGUUAAGUAAAUGUGUCCAAAAAUGUCCCAGAUGUGUUUCCAAAAACAGUUUUUUUUUGUUUAGUUUUUUUGUGUGUGUGGGUAUGGACAGUUUAAUUAAAUACAAGCUUUGAUUGCAUGUUUAAACCAUCUCUACAUGCUGCAAUAACAGCUGUAUUUAAAGCAAUAAUUAUUGAAAUUAAAAAAUAAAACCUCUUGGGUAGAAGCUGAGGAAACAUACAGUAAAUACUUAGUUUCUAGUUUAACUCAAUGCAGUAUUCCAGUCAGAACUGAUGGCUUAAUGUCGCUGUGUGUAAGAAAGUGAAUGUGUUACAUUCACACAGUAAAGUCAGACCUGUAUCAUUAUUCAUUAUACUAUUAUCGAUGCAGUUUCAUACGUGAAGGGUUUUCAUUUGCGUAGUGUUGGUUUGAUUGCAUAAUUUUAUUUUAUUUUCUGUACCAUGGUGUCAUAAUGUAUAAAGCACAGUACACACAGAAAUCACUUUCAAACCAAGCAGCUUUCUGCGAAUUUGCAUGGCCAACUUGAACCCAUUGCGAAAUCUGCUUGAGAAAAUCUUUUGCCCUGGCAUGAAAUUCCAGAUUGUGUGUAUUCCUAUUGGUAUUUUGCUAUAUUCACUUUCAAACCAAGCAGCUUUCUGUUGGUCAACGCAUGCCAUCUCACGGGAAAUUCUCAAUAACAUGGAUUCCUGUUGAGAUAAUGGCAUUUUGCGUGCAAAUGUGAUCACACCUUUUCAGACACUACUUUUAGGGUCUAAAGGGAUCGAUUAUCUACCUUUUUUGCCAUAAUUUUUGUUUCAUUUGUCACUUGUACAGUAACAUGUCCUUUAUUUUACUUGCAUUUGUAAAUAAUUUCAAGUUUUCAUCAAGAUUUUGUUAUGCUGGGUUUAAAUGCAGCACUUUAAAGCUCACUGUGUAAAUGUGGUUUAUGCUGAAAAACUUCAUGUUGUGUUAAUUUCAUCUUGAUGUGUUCAUGUCUAAAAUGUGAUGGUGUGUUAUAUCUGUUGUCAUGUCAUAUUGUUCCAGUUCCACAUAAAAACAUGUUUACUUUUCUGUCAUAAAAGCCCAUGGUCUUUCUUUUUGUUGUUUGUUUUUUAG